CUGGCAAAGCUCGCAAAAGAAGAUGCCAAGUUUAGCAAUUCUUAACUAAAACCACAAGCAUUAGAGCUAGGCUAGCGAAAUCAAAGGAAAACAUAUCUUUUCAUAGCCGUCUUGUAAUCUAGAGAGGCGUUGUCUUUCUUUAACUGCUAAAUCUAAGAGCUUAGUGUUCUCGAUGAAGGCUUUUAUAAUCGGAAAAAUUUUAGUGUCUGCAUGAGAUUUAAAGGACUUAUUUCGGUGUUGGCUUCUUUUUUUAUUUAUGGUUUCCAUAUCUUUUGUUUUGUGCAUCGCAGUGCCAUGUACAGCAUCUCUAGGCAUGGAAAACCGUCUCAUCAAAGAUGCUCAAAUCACCGCCUCUUCAGAGAGGGAUUCAAAUCACGCUGCAAUCCAAGCAAGGUUGAACUUUAAGGCAGGUGGAGGCAAACAAGGGGCAUGGUCAGCUGGCUCUAAUGACGCCAAUCAAUGGAUUCAGGUAGCUCUUGGUAGUUACAGCAAAUUAACAGUUAUAGCUACACAAGGAAGAAAUGGACACAGCCAGUGGGUAACCAAAUACCAGCUUCAAUACAGUAACGAUGGAGCGAACUUUGACUAUUACAAAGCACCAGGCCAAAGUUUGACAAAGGUGUUUAAUGGAAAUAAGGACGCUGACAGCAUAGUUUACCACAAGUUCAACCCGCCAAUCCAAGCAGGCUACAUCAGACUCAGGCCAACAGCGUGGUCCAGUCAUAUUUCACUGAGGAUGGAACUAUAUGGUUGUCCAGUGCCAUGUACAGAAUCUCUUGGCAUGGAAAACCGUCUCAUCAAAGAUGCUCAAAUCACCGCCUCUUCAGAGCAGGAUUCAAAUCACGCUGCAAUCCAGGCAAGGUUGAACUUUAAGGCAGGCGGAGGCAAACAAGGGGGAUGGUCAGCUGGCUCUAAUGACGCCAAUCAAUGGAUUCAGGUAGCCCUUGAUAGUGACACCAAAUUAACAGGUAUAGCCACGCAAGGAAGAAAUGGAAGCUACGAUUGGGUAACCAAAUACCAGCUUCAAUUCAGUGACGAUGGAGUGAACUUUGACUAUUACAAAGCACCAGGCCAAAGUUUGCCAAAGGUGUUUGAUGGAAAUAAGGACACUGACAGUAUUGUUUACCACAAGUUGAACCCGCCAAUCCAAGCAGGCUACAUCAGACUCAGGCCAACAGAGUGGUUAUAUAUUAUUUCACUGAGGAUGGAACUGUAUGGUUGUUUAGGUAUGAUUGCAAUCUGA